AUGGAACCAGAGCCUGAGCCUGAAGAAAAGGGCAGAGAUGUCGAAAAUGUUGAUUCGCCUAUUAAUAGUGAUUUAGAUGAUAAUGAAGACGAUGUUCCACUUGAACAAUUCACUGCUCUUAAUAUGAAUGAUCCUAAACCUGAAUAUUCUAAUACAAACAGUAAUUAUAAUAAUUCGAUGAUUUUAUUGGAUGCUGAUCAGUUACGAUUUGAUUAUUUUUCUUCAAGUUCUUAUAUGGCAAAAAAGCUGUUGCAUAUUAUUAAAUAUGAAAAGAAAUAUGCACCAAAGAAAACCUUGCAAAACAGAAUUAAUGAAGCAGGUUCUGAUAGUUAG